GUUCGUGAGGUUGAGAAGGAGCGAAUGCAGGAGUUUCGGUGUUUGUAGUUUCUGGCACACGAUGGAGGAGCGUCAAGAUUUUUCUCUCUGUGGGAAAGAAGUUGUUACUGAAGCGAAUCUGAGAGAUGAGUACUACUGGAAGCUGGUUGCAGACUUCAUCGGUCCUCAGUCAGCAGAAGGACUCGAGCUCCAAGAGCGACCGUGUAGGAACAGACUUUUGAUUCAAGUCGGACUCAUGAGGGAGGACAACAACUUCCCCUGGAUCGCCAUCCUGAACUGGCUCAAGAAAAUCUUCCCGUCGCAUCACUCGACCGACUUCCGUCGUUUGAUUGAAAGAGGCAUCGCGACGACGCUGAGUCUGGGAAGCUACGCCAGGCUGAGCUUCCUGGAGUCGGACAUCAACUUUAACUUUGUCGGGCCGAUUUGCGACAGCAUCGGCGUGGAGCGGCAGCACCUUCUGGAGAUGAGGGACUUUUCAGAACGAGCUCAGUCCCUCGAAGUCACAAACGGCUUGAUUCUGGAGUUGUGCAACUUUGCCGCCAGGGAGAAAAUCGCCGCCGUCGUUCUCGUUACGUGGCUCAGAAACUUCAACCAUGAGUUUUGCAAGAACGGGGACAUUCAGAAAGCCUAUAAAGUCCUGAGGGGAAAGAUCAAAAAGUUAAAAAUGUGUUAUCGCAAUUAUGAGACAAGGAGUUACAGGAGGAACGCCGCGAUGGAAAACCUGCUUCAGAGUCCGUUUGAGCUGGUCUGCAAAAAAACACCGAAAUUUAUUGUGAAGAAACGCGUGAGGAGAGAUGACAACAAUUCUGAAAAAUAUUCAAUUAAGGAGGAACCUGAGAGCUGGGAGAUAACGGAGACGUCUGAGGUGAUCAGAGAAGUCGUGAGAAAGAAACCAAAGAAAGAACCUGUCGCUGCAGAUUGUGGAAACGAGGAUGUGAACGCUGGAGAACCUCAGACUCUGCUCGACAUUGCGAUGACGUCAGUGCAAAAGCUGUCGAGUGUUUACGGCGGGAAAACCGCAGCAUGCAAACAGGUUUCUCUGGACCUGCUCAGAAAUCAGUACGCUCUGACCUGCAAGGAGCAUCCGGCGCUGGCAGACUUCGAGAAGAAACUCGACUCGCUGGGCGACGACAUUUCACUCGCUUCUCCCGUCGUGUUUUUAAACCACAAUGCCAACUUCCUGGUUGACGUGCACGACGCCAUCGAGCAGCAGAUCAUGUGCUUCGAAAAGGAGAUCGUUCUGUCGGCGGGGGAGAAACUGGGUCGCGAUAAGCUUCAGAAAUUCAAGAACUUUGUGAAUUUGCCAGAAAGCGCCACGUCGCGCUACAUCCACACGGCCUGCGACAUCCUCAGCCCUCGCUCCCCCAACAGGCAGAGCUACAGGAAGCACUGGGUGGCUUUCUGCGCCGAGAAGAAAAACCCGUCCAAACUCAGAGGGAAUCAGCCGAACCAGUUCUACAGCUACUUCGAAGCUGCAGCGGGUCUCAUUCACCAUCACAAAGAGAUCGCGCUCUUCCUGUCCGAUCUGCUGUCGCUAAACAACGACGAAUGUCCGAACGUUAUUCUGGAAAGCGUCGUGGCCGACGCCAACGAUUCUGUGAUUCAAAGCUUCGUGUGCGUUCUUGCUAUUGUUUACUGCAAAAUCCUCGGACCGUUUUGGCAGCUGCUGAUGAGCGACGGAGAAUACUCGCUGUUCGGUCAGAACAUCCUCGAUCUCUACCAGAAGUUCUUGGAUUGGUCCAAAGAUCCCUCCACUCUGCUGGAACCAGAGGAGGCCACGAAUGUUUUCCUGCAGUUGCCGGUGCAGGAGAAAGUGUUUGAGGGAGUGUUUCACUACUGUGGCCAGUGGCACACAAACAGAGAUCUGAUCAGAGCCUGUCUGAAGAGACUGAUAAAGGUGAUUGCCUCCGUUACUGAGAAACACCUGAACGAUUUUCUACCAGGAGGGAAGUUUUCUCAAGUCCCUUCCACGGAUUUGAGCUCGCAGUUGGUCAGCUGCACGUUCUCCAUCUUGAUGGCAGAAUAUCCCUUCGUCAGCUCGCCUUCACCCUCCAAGAAAAAACAAACCUUGUCAUCGGAUAGUUCUCAGGAUGAUGAAGAUCGAUCUGAUUCAUCCGACGACGACUUCGAUGAUUCGUCCAUCGUGCAAAGUAAAAGGAGCAUCAAAGAAGAAUCCAGUCCACAGAUGAAGAAAGCUCACAGCAGUCGAAGGCUCCGCCAAGAAGAGCGCGAGGAGAUCAUGGAUCAGGAAUACAUCGUGGCGAUGGUGAGGAGGAACGGAGGUCCGUGCAAAACGAAGCAGGACGUCGAUAAGAUGAUGCUGCGCUUCGAUGGGAAGUCCCGAGCCGAGAGGAGAGAAGCGGCUCGCUGCGAGAUUCUGUACCAGAAAAUGAUUCUGAACAACACAAACCCAAACCUGGAGGGAGUUAUGCUCAACGCCACGCAGAUGGUGCUGAAGCUGAAGCUCGCUCUGCCUCGCGUUAAACCGGGAUACUCUCUUGUUUGGGCGCCAAGAAAGACAAAAAUAAAACCCGCGAUCAAAGACGCGAACGCUGCAGCUGUUCAGAGCGAAAGCAGCACGUCGGAGCUUAAACCGUGUGACGUUCAGGAGCAGAAGGCAGGAGAAGGACAUCUGAACACAUGACUUUAAAUAUCUGCGUCUCCGGAGCAUGUUCUUAUGGAGCAUUUUGGAGUUUUUUAUCAGAAAAACUCAAUUUAAACACUGGAGUUUAUGAAAACAUGCUCAAAUUUGGGGGGGAAAAAAGGGCAGUUUUUUGACUUCUAGAAAGAGUUAAAAGCUCUGACUUCUGACAUUUGACUCUGAUGACUGAUCAGCUGUUUCUUUCGUCUCUUUAUGGUCAUCAUGGAUUUUUACGUGCAUUUUCAGGUAUUGCAUUAGAAACGGUUGGAAAGGGACAAAUUUAGAAAUAAAAAAACUGUUAAUUUCACAAAAACAGCAUCAUGACAAAUCCGACUCUUUGGUUAUCAGCAUGACUCAUAUUCGCUGUGUGUCCAUAAUGUGUGUUUUUUUAUGUGCAUUUUGAAGCAUCGCAUGAGCAGAAGUCAAAGGAAACCUCCCCGUAUUUGCAAAAAAAAAAAAUGUUCAUAUGUUUACUUGAGACUGUUUUUGGCUUCUUCUAAAAAAAAUUUAGCUUAAGUGGAGGUGGAGACGUUUUUUUGGAUAAGUAAUAUUAAUUAUUUAAAAACAUGAAUAGAAACAGCCAAAUUUCACAGUAAAUGAAAGUGUCGCUGCUUGCUUUAGGUGGUUUUUGAUUUGUUCUAGAGACACAUUUCUGCGGUAAUUUAACCGACGUUUAAUUUGAUCGGCUGUUUGUUUCGUUGUUUUUGCCUCACGAGAACAUAAAACGUGACCGCUGCCAGCUGACAUAAAAUAAUAAUCACAGUUUUCCUGAAUUCCUGAUCAAUUUCCUCCGUUUUUCCCCUCGUAGAUGGACAAAGCAUUGUUCGUCUCUUCGUUGGCAAACAGCUGGUUUAGCUUCCGCUCCGUUUAUUACCGCUAACGUAGCCUACAGCGCCACCUUCUGACAACACAACUCAGCACAGUUUAGUAGGUGUUUAACCUAAUUUUCAUUGCGUCAGUUUACAACUUCUCUGCAAAAGUGGGCUUCAAAUGCACUUUAUGGCUAUAUAGAAACACAAAGAAUGACCUCAGCUGUUCCUUACAGAGAUAAAAUAAUGUUUGAAACGCCAUCAUGUGUGUGCAAAGAAUGUUUUUGACUCCGUUAGUCGGAAAGACUGUUAGAUUAGGAUGUUUUCAAUACGAUUCUGUUCUUGUGUUUGUAUUAUGUUGGACCGUAGCUUCCUGUGAAUGCUUUUUGUUACUAAAAAAAAAACAGUAUUCUUGUUUUGUAGCCGUUACGAUUUAUAACAGCCACUGACUGUAAAGAACAAGUUAAAUGAAUCACUGUCAAAUUAAAUCGUACUUCGCGGUUGUGUAGAAAACGUCACACAACAACCUUGUGUUUGCCACAUUUGAAGGGCGUCUGGUUGCGUCACCGGCAGCAGCAGAGUCGGCGAGUUCAUGGUUAUAAAAGCAGCUCAAGAAAACACAGAUGACAAGAGCAGCUUGUUGGGGUCACUGGGCCGAAUGUCACAGCGGUUCCUUUGUUCAUUAUGGUGCAAAAGAAGCUCACUGUCAGCUUUAAAGCAUGGCGUCUAAUUAGAUCAUAACACGGCGGGACGAAGAUCAGUUGAUGUUGUUCUACUGAAGACACAAAUAAUCUGGAAAUAUUUCAGCACAAGCAGCUGCUCGGUGACUGACUCAGACUUGGUUCAGAUCUUUUUAAGGGAAAUGCGUGUUUCUGAGAUGCUGCGACAGCAACGAUAAAUAGAAGCAGAAUGUUAGGUGAGUGUGUUUGUUUACACCUGAGACCUGCUUUGUGUUCUACAGAAAAACAAACUGACAUCAGGUGAAGGUUUCAUUUCAAUAUGGGGCAAAUUAUGAGCAGCGAACGUUUAGUUUCCAGCAUUUUGUUUAGUUUUUAUGCACCGAUUUGUGACUUUUCUGCUUCAGUUUGUUUUGAAAAUCUUUUUUUUUAGUCUUUUCAUUUAUAUAAAGGAAAACACUUGAUUCAGACACAAGGUGACAGUUUAACAUGUGAUGGAAAAUACGUGAGUCUAUUUACACUUUAUGUAAUAAAACAAGUGGUUUGGCACGGGCAAACAAUUUAGUUUAAAAAACGAAACAGGGAAACUCUAUAAAGGAAAUGGUGAAUUGAUUUUAUUUUUUUAAAUGCAAUUAUAAACUGUCUGUGUGCUCACCUCA